AUGCUAUCUGUCCAAACUCGUGCGAUCGUAAAGGCCACCGUGCCGGUCUUAGAGAAGCAGGGUACCGCAAUUACGAAAGUUUUCUACAAGAAUAUGUUGAAUGAGCACAAACAGCUGCUGAAUAUCUUCAACAGAGUUAAUCAGGCCAAGGGUGCUCAACCCACUGCAUUGGCAACAACUGUCCAUGCAGCUGCAAAACACCUAAGUGUUCUGCUGCCUCAUGUUGAACAAAUCGGACAUAAACAUAGAGCUUUACAGAUCAAACCCGAGCAUUACCCCAUAGCUGGCGAAUACUUGCUGACGGCUAUUAAGGAAAUGCUUGGUGCGACCGCCCCUCCUGAUAUUCUCGGUGCUUGGAGAGAAGCGUACGGUGCUAUCGCGGACAUUUUCAUCUCUGUUGAGAAUCGCAUGUAUAAGGAGGCAGCCUGGGCUGGUUGGAAACCAUUCGAAGCUGUUGCUCGCGAGCGAGUUGCUUCCGACACUGAGGAAUUUACUGUCAAGGCAAAGCCUGAGUCCGGGAUCGAUCUAUCGAAAUGUCUGUCGUCGCUGGUCAGUACCUGA